AUGACUGUUCCUACAAAUGAUAAAGAUGUUAAAAAUAGAUUAAGGUAAUUAGGUUAACCAAUAUGUUAUUUUGGGGAAAAUAAUGUUGAUAGACGAGAAAGAUUAAAAAGAAUUUAAGCCGAAUAUAUAAUGUAACAUGGUGAAUUACCUACAUUUAUAAAGACUGAGGAGAAAUAGAAAUAAAAUGAAGAAAAUGAGCAUUUUUAUUACCCAGGAAUAAAAGAACUGAAAGAAAUAAGGGAAUUCAUAUCCGAAUAUUCAUUAAAAAAAGCCGCUUUGAGGGUAUAUAAAUCUAAGAUUUUCCGUAUGGACGAAGAUCCUUUAAUUGAGGAAAAAAAGCAGAUCGCAAGUAUAAAUAGAGCAAUGAAAUUCGAUGUUUGUAUGUCUUAAUUUGCCGAUUCUUCGACUGUAUCAAGAGGUUCAUUUAAUCUAGACUGCAAUUUUAUUGCUACUGCGGGAGGGAGUGGAGUAUCGAAAAUAUGGAGAGUACCCUAAUGUGAUUUAGUAUCAAGAUUAGAAGGUCAUUUAAGUAAAGUGCAUGACAUUUAAUGGAAUCCUGCUUUUUAAGGAACCUAAGAAGGAGGAAAUUACGGAGUUUUAGCAACUUGUUCAAGUGAUACUAAUAUUAGGCUAUGGAGUUUUGAUGACUAGAGGGAAUUAUAAAAAAGUGUAGUUUUAUCUGGACAUGAAAAUCGAGUAAAUAGACUAAGUUUUCAUUAAACCGGAAAAUAUAUUAUAUCAACUUCUCAUGAUAAUACAUUUAGGUUUUGGGAUAUAGAAAAAUAAAAGGAAAUAUAUACAUAAACUGGAUAUACUAAGCCAGUAUAUGCUAAUGCUUUACAUCCAGACGGGUCUUUGCUUUUUGCAGGAGAUUUAAGUGGAUAUGGGAUGAUUUGGGAUUUGAGAACCGGAAGGGGUAUUUUACCGUUAUUUGGACAUCAUGUAAAGGGGAUUUUAUGUGCGGAUUUUUCAGAAAAUGGGUUUUAAUUAGUAACAGGAAGUGAUGAUAAUACUUUAAGAGUUUUCGAUAUAAGAAGAAAGGCAUGUAUGCAUGUUUUACCAGGGCAUUUAAAAUUGGUGUCAGAUGUUAAAUUUUAAAAGGGAGGUAGUAAUUAUUUUGUUAGUGUAAGUUAUGAUAAUACAUUAAAAUUGUGGAAUGCAAAAGAUUUUUCACUGGCUAAAACUUAUAAGUCACAUGAAUCAAAAAUUACUUCUGUAAGUUUAGAUUAUGCUUAGAAAUAUUUUGCGACAACUUCUUUAGAUAGAAAAUGGAUGUUAUGGGAAGUAAAAGAUUUUUGA